AUGUGGACGCCGCAGCAACUGCUCCAACCGGUACUACCCCACCCACUCUUCCACUCUUAUUCACCUUCAAAUCAUACAAAAAUUUCAUCUUUUACAAAACUAAAUUCUACCCGCAAAGUUAAAAUUCACAAUGGAAUUAAGAAGGCUGCAAUAACUUUGGAAGAACUUCCCCCAAACGCGCUUCGGAGUAAGAGGGAAGCAGAAUGGAUAGGAGGGUUCUCCCUUGGAGUGGACUUGGGAAUGGCUCGCACUGGCAUUGCAAUCAGCAGAGGCUUCUCUGUUCGCCCUUUAGCGGUUUUGGAAUUGCGAGGACAGAAACUCGAGGUGCAGAUAAUGAACAUUGCCGAAAAAGAGGAGGCUGAUGAGUUUGUUAUUGGACUUCCAAAAUCUUCUGACGGAAAGGAAACGACACAGUCGAACAUAGUCCGUACCGUUGCCGGAAGGCUUGCUAUUCGAGCUGCUGAGAGGGGUUGGAGAGUAUAUCUACAAGAUGAACACGGAACAACAACAGAUGCCAUCGAUCGAAUGGUCGACAUGGGAUUGAAGAAAUCUACUCGGCAGAAGAAACUUGAUGCGUACGCUGCCGUGAUGUUACUGGAGAGAUAUUUCUCGACAUCAGGUCAGGAAACUGAACUCGUUUGGCCGAAGAAUCUUGAACUACAAGAAAAACUUAGAAAGGGGCCUUCUGAAGAUGAUGAUUUUUUUUCUGAAUAUGAUGAUUUUUUCUCCAAUGAAGAUUAA